AUGGCGGACGCCCUGCCGCCGCCGAAGCGGGGGUCCCUCCGCUCCACGUGGGCGCGAUGCCGCAAGGCCCGGCCCCAGCUCAUCCUCAGCCGCCGGCCCCGCCGCCGGCUCCGGCUCCUGCGCUGGGGCGGCCGGCGGCUCCUGCGGCGGCGGCUGCUGCAAGCCCAGGCGGCCGGCGCGGACUGGCGGCAGGGCUGCGGGCCGGCGUCGCGCUCGGCGGCUGCCCCGAGGCCCAAGACCGCGGUGUCCAUCCCGGUCCCUCAACCGGCCCCCAGCCCGACCCCCAGCCGGGCUUCCAGCCCGACCUCGGACGAGGACGCCGCCCCGAGUGGCCCCGCGAAGCUCGCCAUCCCGCCGCUGCGGCCGGCCGGCGCGGGCCGCGCGUUGCUGCUGCUGCCGCGGGAGCAGGUCUUUACCUUCAGCGGGACCUGUCGAGUGACCUGCCUUUACGGCCAGGUGCAGGUGUUUGGCUUUACCAUUGGCCUAGGCCAGCCUUCCCAGGACGUCUUCUCCACCUACACCCACUCUCGCCUGGCACUCAGCGCUGUCCAUUACUCGGCGCCUGAGAAAAGCAAGAAGGAGAUGAAGAGAGAAGCCCGGGCUUUGCUCAGAGCGCAUCUGAACCGGGAUGACAGGAGCUGGGUGAUGAAGAACCUCUCCCCGCUGUGCUCCGUGGUGCUGCUGGAAACCCUGAAAAGCUCCGCCGUGCGCUUCAUAACCAGCCACCCGGGCCUGUCCUACGUCUUCGAACAAGAGAGGACAACGUUCCAGAUUAAUGCCGAGUAUUUCGCCAUGAGGUCGGUGGGCAUUAAGAAAGAGAGGAAGAAAAACGGCCUGCAGUUAACCGAGAGCGUCCUUUCGGCGCUGGAGGAGCUGGUCAGCGUCGCUUGCGAGGAAGCGGACGGCUGCCCCAUCAUCCUGGUCUGUGGCGCUCAGGACGUCGGAAAGUCCACCUUUAACCGAUACCUGAUUAACCAGCUGCUGAACAGUAUUUCCUGCGUUGACUAUUUGGAAUGUGACCUGGGGCAGACAGAAUUUACUCCUCCGGGCUGUAUUUCUCUACUUAAUAUCACAGAACCGCUUCUGGGACCACCGUUCACCCACCAGAGGACACCACAGAAAAUGGUGUAUUUUGGGAGAUCUACUUGUAAAGACAACUAUGAGAAUUACAUUGAGAUCAUCAAGUAUGUGUUCAACAGCUACAAGAGAGAGUCCCCUCUCAUCAUCAACACGAUGGGCUGGGUGACAGACCAGGGCCUCUUGCUCCUCGUCGAUCUGAUCCGCUUGCUGUGCCCGAGCCACGUGGUUCAGUUCAGUUCCAGCCGGAGCAGGUUCAUGCCGAAACUCACCCCCAGCUACGUCGACGACAUGGAUGGCUUGUACACCAAGAGCAAGGCCAAGGUCAGAGACCGAGGCUUCUGCCUGCCCGAGUUCGCAGACAGCCUGGAAUUUGGUGACGAAGAAAAGGAGAGUCCGGCGGCCUUUUCUGGACAUAAGCUGAUGUGCGUCCAGUCGGACUUUGCGUUUAGAAAAACGCCAAGAAAUCGAGAGUCGCAUAACAGAGUUCUUCGGGACUUGGCCUUGUUGGGGUACCUGGGCCAGCUGCACCCCCCCGCGCCGAAACCUCUUCACCCGCUGCACAGCCUGACCCCCUACCAGGUCCCUUUCAGUGCCGUCGCCCUCCGGGUCAUUCACUCCGAUGUCGCCCCCACCCACGUCCUGUACGCGGUGAACGCCAGCUGGGUCGGCCUCUGCAAGAUCCUGGAUGAGGUGGGCGGAUACACCGAGGGGCCCGUCCUGCUCACGCAGACUCCCAUCUGCGAUUGCCUGGGCUUCGGGAUCUGCAGAGGGAUCGACAUGGAGAAGCGGCUCUACCACAUCCUCACGCCUGUGCCCCCGGAAGAUCUGAGAAAUGUGAACUGUCUGCUGGUCGGAGCCAUCUCCAUUCCCCAGUGUGUCCUCAAGAGCCAGCUUGGGUUCGAGGGGACGAUUCCUUACGUCACAACAGAUUACGAUAUUAAACUUCCUGGAGCGACAGGGAAGAUCGGAGCCAGAGAAGCCGAGGAGACGUAUGUAAAGAGACAACACCCAAAAGCGAGGUUCCAUCGGAAGGCACACUGA